AUGUACGCGGCGACGCACAAAGUCUCCGAUCUUCAGGUGAGCACGGCUACGUGCACGUUGCCGCGGACCUUCGUGCAAAGGCUGGAUGAGGCGUGCGCGCAUGGCGGGGCCGACGACACGUCGAACUCCAGCGAGGACGAGGAAGACGGCGGGAAGGCAGAACGGGUAAGUAAACGCGGGCGCGUCCACGAGGGAGUGCCCUUGGGCGCGAAUGAGGCGGCCCGAGAAGCAGUGGAGCGCGACAUGCUGACUCAGGCUGGGCGCGAAAGGAAGCGCGUGGAUCGGCUCCGCGUCGAGCAGCUCACUCCCGCGGAAAUCGCGGAAGGAGCGAAGCAGAUUUAUCAAGCGCUCGACGGGAAGUACGUAGACAUCAACAAUAGGAAACAGAAAGUGAACGGCGACAUGACCAAAGUGCGGCACGUGCCAACGUUGGGGAAAGCCGCCCAUAAGCUGCUUACGCACAUAGAGCACACUUCGAGGCGACUGUCUGGUACACAGGAAGCGCGCCGAGUCAUGCGAUUUGAGACGAACGCGCUGCGAGUGCGGUACGGCGUCCCCAUUUUCGUAACCUUCUCGCCCGACGAAGGUCACAAUCUUCUCAUGGUGAGACUCUCGCGCACUCGACGGCAAGACCCUGUGCACAAGGCGGCUGAUGACGAAGCGCAGUCGCGGCUGGCGGGGGGUCGGGGCUGGCCGCGCGUAGCCCCCGACAUGGAGGGGCUGCAGAUGGACCUGCCAAUGGCCGCGGGGGAGGCAGAAGUGCCGCCAUGGAACGAGCGGAGACGAAUUCUUGCGAGAGAUCCCAUGGCCAGCGUGGACGGGUUCCGUAUCCUGGUGCGGCCGGAUCUGCCGCAGCAGAAGCUGGCAUGGCUCCAACGCCACGACAAGGAGAGCGGGGACUUGUACGGCUUCUUGCCCAUCGCUGAAGGCAUGCCCGUCGCUCUGACCGAUCAUAUCGAUCGAAGCGAGGACAAAAACCUGCUGCGCGGUCGCGUGGGCCGGGUGCAAUCCUGGGUAUGCGACGGGGACGCCGUAAAUGAUCGAGUCACGCGCGGCGGGGAGAGCAUAUUGAAGAAGACUCCGAAAGUGAUCUUCGUGUUGUUCGACGAAGGCGAAGACGGGAACGGCGGCAGGAAGCCAUGCCAGUGGACGAUCGAGGGAUUGAAGGCGCCCGGGUUGUACCCCGUGAUUCCGCAGAAGAAGGACAUGCUGAUCUUUCGCCCUUUCGAUAUUGCGCCGUAUCAGAAGAAGGACGAACGGAAGGGCCCGGACUUACUACUGCGCACGUUGCGCGGAGAAGAGUUGGACUGGGAGGCGAUAGAGCGGGAGUUCAUGCCGUCUGGCAGGUGCGCGGUCUGCGGGUGCACGAAGUACAAGAACAUGUACCCAACGGUCGGGCAGUGGAGCCGCGCAGAUGGGCUCCGCGUGUGCAGCGUGUGCCUGGAAGAUAAGAAGAGGGCCGGCACGCCGUGGCAAUGCAUGGAGUGUGGUCUUUGGAAGUGCCAGGAGGCGUUCCACGCGUCACAGCACCAUCCGUCGAAGUUGACCACGCGGCGCUGCGUGGAUUGCCCGGAGAGACGGAGUUGUCGCGUGUGCGAGGAUCGGAAGUACGAGCAAGCUUUCGCGGCGUUUCAGUGGGAUAAGGCAGGGAACGCCCGGUGCAAAGGAGGGAUGUGCCUGGAAUGCGAGGAGCUGAAGAAGCACCUGACGUGUUCGCGCUGCGGCCAGCAGAAGUUACCAGUUGAAUUUGCCAAAGCGGAACAGGUCAACGACGAACCCACAUGCAAAGCUUGUAAGAAGUCGCAGAGAGAGGUGGAGAAGGAUCGCGCCGAAGAGGCAACAGAGCGCGUGUGUUCCAACUGCGGAAUCCCCCAAAGGAGAACCGAGUUUUCAGAGUACAUGCUGAAGAACGCGCCGACAGCGUCGAUGCAAUGUAGGGAAUGCGUAAACGCUGCAGCAGCAGAGCGGGAUCAGGCGGCGAGGAAGGACAUUAAAACUUGCGUGGUGUGCGAGAAGGCGCAACGGCAAGAUUGUUUUUCGGAUUGGAUGUGGAACGGCGUUGCAGAUUUGCACCGCAAGUGCAAGCGCUGCGUCGCUGCGCCGAAGAAGGACAUGAAGACGUGCGCGGUGUGCGAGAAGGCGCAACGGCAAGAUUGUUUUUCGGAUUGGAUGUGGAACGGCGUUGCAGAUUUGCACCGCAAGUGCAAGCGCUGCGUCGCUGCGCCGAAGAAGGACAUGAAGACGUGCGCGGUGUGCGAGAAGGCGCACCGGCAAGAUUGGUUUUCUGAUUGGAUGUGGAACGGCGUGGCAGAUCUGCAUCGUAAGUGCAAGCAGUGCGUCGCUGCAGGGAGGAAGGAAGUGAGAACGUGUGUAGCGCGCGAGAAGGCGCAACAGAAAGAUUGUUUCUCUGAAAAGAUGUGGGACGGCAGGGCAGAACAACACCGCAAGUGCAAGCGAUGCAUCGACGACGCGAAGCUGCAGCGCGGGAAGUGGAAAUGUGUUGAAUGCAAAGGCGCUUUCGGCAGGGACGAAUACAGCAGCUGGUUGGCCGGGCGAACGACGCAGAAGGAGCCGAAGACGAAGGCAAAGGCGAAGGGGAAGGGCAAGGACGGCAAGGACGACAAGGACGCCAAGGAAGCCAAGGAAGCCAAGGAGGGCAAUGACAGCAAGGACAAGGGCAAAGAAAAAGGCAAGGACAAAGAGAAGGACAAGGAUAAAGGCAAAGACAAGGAGGCCGAGAAGGAGAAGGACAAGGGGAAGGCGAAGGGGAAGGAUAAGGAGGAGCGAGGCAAGGGCAAGGAGAAAGGCAAGGAAAAGGAGAAGGAGAAGGAGGAGCGAGGCAAGGGCAAGGGCAAGGACAAGGAGGAACGAGGCAAGGGCAAGGACAAGGACAAGGGCCACGACAGGGGCAAGAACAAGGAGGCCUACGAGUCCAGCCGCUACGACGACUCGAACGAUGGUUGGUGGUCUUGGGACAGGGGCGGCCGGUGGCGCUGGGUCAGCGGCAAGUACCACUGGGGCGGCAGCUGGAGCAGCUGGUCACACUCGUGGGACUGGGACAAAUCGUGGGAUGCGGCCGAGGAGCGACCGCCGCUGCGGGUGAAGAAGGAGAGGAGUGCGGCGGAGAAUACCGAGGUGGCCCAGGUGCCCGAGAAGCCCGAUAGGCGCGAGCGGGUGGAGAGGGGCCAGAAGCCGGAGCGCCCCGAGAAGGUGGAGCCAGUGAAGCCCGAGAAGCCCGAGAAAGGCUCGAGGGCGGAGAAGCCCGAGAAGGCCGCGAAGCCCGAGAAGCCCGAGACGGCCGCGAGGGUGGAGAAGCCCGAGAUGCCCGAGAGGCCCGAGAAGGCCGCGAAGCCCGAGAAGCCGGAGAAGCCCGAGCGGGCGCCGAAGCCCGAGAGGCGUUUCCCGUUCCUGUGCUGUCGAGCGUCUCAGUCGCCAUGGGGCUUCCCGACGCUGCAGCGCUCGCCCAGGCACGUCGCAGCCAACGCAGUUGCUGAACAAUUCGGAGAGCUGCGGUCCGAAUUGGAAUCUCUGGUUGGAUCUACCGUCGGCGCGACUGUGCAAUCUUCCAACAAAUCUAUUCUCGACACACUGGAGUCCCUGCGCGUCCAGAUCACGGCCCAGCCGAAAGAGGUCGACCAGCAGAUCAUGGCCACUGUUCGCCCCCACAUCGACUCCAUUCACCGCGGCUUGCAGUCCAAGAUCGACUCCCUUGGGUCCCAUGUCAACACGCUAUCGAUCGAUGUUGAGAAGCACACCGCAGACAUUGCCAACUUACGUAAGCAGAUGGAAGAGCUCCGCGGCGAACUCAUGGUCGCCAAGCGCACGGAGAAGGCACCUACAGCCCCGCCCUCCUUCGAUCGCGUGGAAGACCCCUCUAUUGUCGUCGCCAUGGCCACGAAGAUGGUGGGGAUCGAGUCCGUGCGUGCCUCUCUUUCCCCAUUCUUGGCUGAGUUGGGCUUGGACGCUUCAUCAUACACUAUCAAGUCCACCGGCCCGAUGCCAAGCAGAAGGUACCUCGUCUCAUUCAAUGGCAGUGUGGGGCUCGCGUCCAAGUAUGUCAACAAGGUCUUAUCCAAUCUCAGGCAGAACAAUGACUGGCGUAUCUUCGAGGCCGAUGUGUCAGGCUCUACUCCCGCUCGUCUCCAUCUCGGACCAGACAAAAAUCCCAAACAAAUUAAAACGGAAAUGGCGCUCAGGAAGCUUCGCACGGCCAUGGCUGGCAAAUUCGACGGACGAUGGGUUGUGGACAGAGAGCGUGGGGUCCUCCGCUGCGGGUGGACGCACAUCCUCAAGCUCUCCGCCCAGCCUGAUGACCAGCCCUUCGACAUCCUCUACAACGACGAGGGCCUUAGUGAAGUCGGCAUCGCCAAGCACGAGGUUCGUGAGCUGGUCCAGUCCACCAUUGCACUUCCACCGCCGCCGCAGUGGGCGCUCCUGCAGUACCAAGGGGCGCAGGCUAUCCCCAAGUUACGAUAUCUACAGCAGAUCCACCUGCAGUCCACGUUGCUGGCGAUGCAGGAAGUUCAUGCCGAUCGUGUCCAACUGGAGCAGUUCGUGCUCCAAGAGCAUUUCAAAGAGAUGCUCAAAGAGGCUGCGCGGGAGGUGCGCGACAUGCUCUUCACGCUGAAGGCGGAGAGUGAUGAGACGGCGAUCAUCGUGGCCCGCAGUGUGGACGGCAUCCCCUAUGCCGCCUGGAAUGCUUCUGACUGCUGCGUCGACGUCUUGUGCAACACCCUCGACUGGGUGCUCGGCGGGGGGACCCUCUUCGAUGCCGCGAGUGUCACGUUGCAGGCCUUCUUGCCCAAAGGUUCUGAGGAGGAGGACGAGGCCUCUGGAGGCUGUACACGGUCAGCUGACAAAAUUCGAGUGCUCGGGCUGCGAAACACCGACCUGAAAAUCAUGACCUCUGUCGUCAACCGCUCGCUCCGUAAAGUGGUGGAGGAGGUGGUUCCCUGCUCGCAAAGGGGGUUUGUGGUCGGCCGUAAUUUCGUAGACAAUGUGAUCGAACUCGACGGCAUAGGAAGGCUUGCCGCUGCUCACCCCUGCUCCGACCUGUGCGACCCCCUUCUGAUUUCGUUUGAUUAUGGCCAGGCGUUCCCCAGUCUCUCCCAAGAGUAUCUGCUGAUGUUGAUGAAUAAGCUCGGGCUUCCUGGGCCCCUCAGGUGGUUCCUCUCGUGGCUGUACCUAGCGAUCCAAGGAGUUGUGGCCCAUGCUGGCCAGCUUAUCCCUAUAUACUGGCUACGGUCUGGGAUUAUUCAAGGAUGUGGGCUCUCAGGGAGCCUCUACGCCCUCGGCACGGCCCCCUUUCUCUGUGCGCUGGAGGAUACUCUGGAGACUCCUGGAUAUGGUAUUGCUCGAGCGUGUGCUGAUGAUAUAGGAGCGGUGGUGUACGAAGCAAGGCAUCUCAAUGUGCUGUAUGAUGUGAUGGUGGUCACGGAGUGUCUCACAGGGCUGAAGCUUAAGCCCCUGAAGUGCAAAAUCGUCCCGCUCAAGGGGGAGUUCACCGAGUCCCUCCAGCUCCACACCAUGUCUCUCGUGGAGCGCCUCGUCCCUGCCUGGCGCGCCUUCGAAGUGGCCUCCCACGUCCUCUACUUGGGCCUCCUGCUGGGCCCCGCCGUCACAGUUGACAUGCAGUGGCUCGCACCGCUGCAGAAGCUCAAAUUACGGGCCCGCAGAGAGGCGGCUUACCCUGCCGAGAUCACUGACAGGUGCGUGCGAGCUAUCGCCCAGGAGCUCCAGGUCACCGACAGGAUGAAGGGCUGCAUCCCGAUCAACCGGGAGAUCCCAAUGACGGUGAUGGAGUGGCCGCUGGUAGUGGAGUGCAGAUAA